AUGGUUAAGCUUUCUGCAUAUCUCCUCUUGGGAGGUCUAUCCGCUUUAGUCUGGGCUGCCCCCGCUCCAGUACCAACAUCUGCUCCCGAUCUUGCCAAGCGAGCAACUACUUGUACCUUUUCUGACUCAGGAGGAGCUUCAUCUGCAAGCAAGUCUAAGACUUCUUGUUCCACCAUCAUCCUAUCAGCACUUGCAGUUCCUUCUGGCACUACGUUAGACUUGACAGGUCUCAAUGAAGGAACUACAGUUAUCUUUGAAGGUAUCACCACGUUCGGUUAUGAAGAAUGGUCUGGGCCUUUGGUAUCUGUUUCAGGAACAGAUAUAACUGUUACGCAAACCACUGGUGCUUACCUCGAUGGCAAAGGAGCCUCCUAUUGGGAUGGAGAAGGUUACAAUGGAGGAAAGACGAAACCCAAGUUCUUCUAUGUACACGAAUUGAUCUCCUUGACCCUUGAGAAUAUCUACAUAUACAACCCACCAGUGCAAGUAUUCAGUGUUAACGGCGCUACCGAUUUGACGAUUACUGGUGUUACCAUCAAUGCAGAGGCUGGCGAUACUGGUGCUCUUGGUGCCAAUAUUGAUGGGUUCGAUAUUGGAUCGAGCACGUCUAUCACAAUCACGGGUGCUAAUGUAUACAAUCAAGACUGUAUCCGUAUCAAAACCAUAUCAGGUGACACUGGAACCGUCUCUGGAAUCACCUAUUCAGGCAUCACACUUUCUGGCAUUACCGACUACGGCAUCGUCGUUAACCAAGCUUAUGAUGGGACAUCCGGUAGCCCAACCAAUGGUAUUACCAUAUCGAAAUUUAUUCUUGAGAAUAUUUCUGGAACCAUCGAAUCUACCGCUACCAACAUUCUUGUUGAGUGUGGAAGUGGUUCGUGCACUGAUGUAAAUCAAUUCUCUCCUAUACUCAUGUGA